AUGUACUUCACAACGGAGGAUGAGAAUGAGAGGCAGCUGUGGGUGCAGGCGAUUUACCGGGCCACCGGACAAACCCACAAACCAGUCCCUCCACCCAUUCACUCGACUACGCCCGCUACAGACGCCGGUGCCGCAUCCGCCACUGCUAAUGCCGCCGGCACCUCAUCUAAGGGUGUCAAGAGUGGUGUGUGCCUUAAUUUGCACAAAUUGACUACUUUUUUUCUCAUUAUCCGAUUACGUCUACCAAAGUGGACUGUUAGCAUAUCUUUGAUGGUAUCUGAGGUAUUUGUAUUCAAAUGGCAUCUCACCUGA